AUGACAUGUUUGUUUUCACAAGAAGAUUUGUAUUACCCGCAUCCACUAGUUCAAGAUAUCCUCUGGGUGACUCUUCACAAGGUUGUUGAACCAGUUCUGAUGAAUUGGCCAGGAAAAAAAUUGAGAGAAAAGACUCUCCGCUCAGCAAUGGAGCAUAUACACUAUGAAGAUGAGAACACUCGUUAUGUUUGCAUUGGACCUGUGAAUAAGGUAUUAAACAUGCUUUGCUGUUGGGUUGAAGAUCCAAAUUCAGAGGCUUUCAAGUUGCACCUUCCAAGAAUCAAUGAUUAUCUAUGGAUUGCUAAAGAUGGCAUGAAAAUGCAGGGGUAUAAUGGAAGUCAAUUAUGGGACACUAGUUUUGCUGCUCAAGCAAUUAUGUCAACUGAUCUUGUCAAAGAAUACAGCAUAACUUUAAGAAAGGCACAUGAGUUCAUUAAAACCUCACAGGUUUUAGAAGAUUGCCCAGGUGAUCUUGAUAAUUGGUAUUGCCACAUUUCAAAGGGUGCUUGGCCUUUCUCCACUCGUGAUCAUGGUUGGCCCAUCUCAGAUUGUACAGUAGAAGGAUUAAAAGCUACUCUUCUAUUAUCAAAACUUCCCUCAGAUAUUGUUGGUGAACCAUUAGAGCCAAAUCGUAUAUAUGAUGCUGUCAAUGUCAUUCUCUCAUUACAGAAUGGAGAUGGUGGCUUUGCAACAUCUGAACUCACUAGAUCCUACCAUUGGUUGGAGAACAGGACUACUAAGUUGGUGAUCAUGUUGGAUAAAAAUUGGCUACGCUUCAAUAGAGCCUCAGAUGAGUAUGGAGAAAUUAUUGCAGAAGGUUAUUUUAUCUCAAGUGACCCAAAGGAUGAGGUUCACCAUGUUCCUCUUGGGCCUAGUGCUAUGAAAGUGGGGAUAGAUCUUGUGAGAAAGAAUGAUGCAUUUUUGUGGAGGCCUUCAACAAUUAUGUCUACUAUAGACGAUGAUGUAGGUAGUAUAAUUGCAUGGCCAGCUGAUAAAGUUAUAAUUAGCUAAACAAAUGGACUCACAACAAAGACAAGUGCACAAAGGAUGAUGAAUUGUAGGAUGGAGAAAGUUUCACACAUGGUUUACUUUUGUGUAUCUUGUAAUGUUUCUAUUUUUCAUUUUUGAAGUAAAAAUUGUUCAAGAUUAUAAAAUUUUAUUAUGUUAUGCUUUCAAACUUAAGUUAGAACUAAGAUCUCAUGAAGUAGACACAUUCAUGGUUUGAAUUAGUUAUUGUUUAAUGUAAUACUUAUGGUUUAUCAAUCUAUUGAGAAUUACAUUU